AUGGCUGAUAUUAUUACUCCAGUCAUUGGCAUUCUAGAUCGUUUGUUCGGUUGCUGCAGCAAAUGGACAGAUUCAAUACGCCGGCUGGGAGACAACCUCAACCCUUUGAGAAGUGCUUCAGAGAUACUCAAUGGCAGAUAUCUUGAUGUCAAGAGGAAGGUCGAAACGGCAGAGAAGAAUCCAGAUCCAAAGUUGAUGGUUUUGAAUGAGGUACGGGUUUGGAUGGACGGAGUUGAAAAUCUACAAAAAGAAGUUCAGGAUAUUCUACAACGAGGUGAUCAAGAAAAACAAGCUAAGUGUUUUGGUUGUCCCAAGAAUUGUCGAGCUAGAUACAAGCUACACAAAAUGGUCACUCGGAAGUUGAAUGACGUUAACCGUCUUCUAAACAGAGGGAAUUUUGAUCAUGUAGCAGAAAAGUGUGCUGGUGAUCAGUUCGUUGAACUUCCGGUGGACGAGGCUGUGGGUGUGGAAUCAACAUUUGAGGAGCUACGUACAUGCUUUGAGAACAACCAGGUAGGUGUCAUUGGCUUGCAUGGAAUGGGAGCGGUGGGCAAAACAACUCUACUUAAGAAAUUCAACAAUGAUUUCCUCUCAACAAGAGCAGACUAUGUAGUCAUCUGGGUUGUGGCGUCUAAAGAUGUAUAUCCAGGAAGAAUUCAAGAUGCCAUUAGAAGGAAAUUGCGUGUGGAAGAUGAUAGUUGGAAUAAUGCGACAAUGGAUGAGAGACCCUCUUUGUUACUCAACAUCUUGAAUAAGAAGAAAUUUGUAUUGUUAUUAGAUGAUGUGUGGGAAAGAAUUGACUUGUGGAAAUUGGGGGUUCCUUCCCCUAAUAAUUGUGAAUGCAAGAUAAUAUUCACAACUCGGUCCAAAGAAAUAUGUGGCCUAAUGGGUGCACAGAGACAUAUAAAAGUAAAUUGCCUUCCGCCAGAUAGAGCAUUUGAGUUGUUCAAGAAGACCGUGGGCACAACAAUUCUUGAAAACCCUUAUAUCUCUGAUCUCGCAAAACUAGUGGUGGAUGAGUGUCAAGGGUUGCCACUUGCUCUUCGCAUUAUUGGUCGAGUCAUGGUUAAUAAGGUGUCUCCAGCUGAAUGGAAGCGUGCUAUAGAAAUUUUGAGGAGUUAUCCCUCAAAAAUCCAAGUUAUGGUUGAAGAUGUCUACUGCUUGCUUAAAUUUAGUUAUGAUAGAUUGCCAAAUGAUACCUACAAAUUAUGUCUUUUGUAUUGUGCUCUAUUUCCUGAGGACUAUAACAUUGAAAAGGAAGACCUUGUUUUCCUCUGGACAGCGGAAGGUUAUUUGGUUGAAUUUGAUUAUACACACGAGGCACAUAAGCAUGGAGAAGAUAUAAUUUCAGGAUUGAGUUAUGCUUGCUUAUUGGAAAACGGUGACAAAGAAAACACAAUUAAAAUGCAUGAUGUCAUUAGAGAUAUGGCCCUUUGGAUAGCAUGUGAGGAGCAGGCAAGAUUCAUUGUAAAAGACGGUUAUGGAACUACUGGCCUGGGAGGAUUUAGUCAUACAAAGUUAAAACAGGUAGAAAAGCUCUCUUUGUGGAGCAAUGGUCAUAUGAUUCUAAACCCCCUACAAACACCUCAUUGUCCUAAUCUCAUCACUCUUCUUAUUAGGAAUACUAGUAUAGAGGUCUUUCCAACAGAGGUACUUGUCCUCCCAAAUACCAUUAGAGUACUGGACUUGUCGUUUAAUGAUGGAAUAAGAAAUCUACCAUCAGCAAUUGGGGACUUCGUAAAUCUAGAACACAUGAACCUAUCCCAUACUAAUAUAUCAAAAUUGCCAGAGGAGUUCAAGAAUUUGAAGAAGCUAAGGUUCUUGUUGCUGGACGGACUUGCAGAGCUUAAAUUACCACAGGAAGUUAUAUCCAGUUUGUUAUCUCUUCAAGCCUUCAGUAUGAGAGGCUGGAAAGUUCGCGUGAUAAUGAUUGAUGAAAAUGUAUGGUUGCGUGAGGGGGAAGGUGAAAAUGUAUUGUUGCAUGAGCUAGAAGGCUUAAAUGAUCUUCAUUAUAUACGCAUUUCUGUCUCUAGCAUAUCCUCUGUUAAAAACAUACUGAGGUCCCCAAAGUUGCAGAUGUGCAUGUGUGAGCUAUUCAUUAAAGCAAACUCAUUACUCCCUGACUUGUCCUCAUCACUUGGAGAAAUGACGCAUCUUGAAACAUUAAAAGUUAUGGGUGUCGUGAAACCAGAGAAUUUUGAAGCUGUGAAUAUUCCAAGGAGCCCAUUUCGGGGAAAUGAAUAUAAAAUCAGCCUUCGCCAGUUGAUUAUCUUCGAGUGUCAAAAUAUACUUGACUUGAAUUGGCUUAUAUAUGCUUGUGACCUUGAAGUCCUUGAAUUAAGUCGUUGCCAUUCAUUGAAGGAAGUUAUAAGUGCAGACUUUGGGACUAUUGGCGCUGAGAAUAAUCUUUUUUCCAGUCUCACUAAUCUUCACCUGGGAUCUCUGAGUGACUUACAGAGCAUUUGUACAAUGGCAUUACAGUUUCCUUCUUUGAAGGAGAUUCGAGUACAAGAGUGGCCCAAUUUGAAGAAGCUCCCAUUUAAUUCUCAAAGUGUAUUGAAGAAUCUACAAAGCUUUAAAGGAGAGCAUGAGUGGUUGGCUCAAUUGCAAUGGGAAGAUGAAGCUACCAGGCUUCUCCUUUCAUCAAAAUUUGAAAGGAAUUGA